AUGAGAUACCUUCCCCUGGUGCAUGUUUGUCUCUUGACCUUUGCUGCUCGGCUCGUAGCAGCAGCAGUCAUCCCUGCUCCAGCUGAUACUCCCGUCCUGCCCUCUUCCGGCACUGUCAACGAUGACGAUGCUGCUAACAACGCCGACUGCAUUCCCGGGAAGACCUGUGACAUUUUCAAUCCCAAUCCUCCAAAGGCUCCUGCUGGAGGUUCCUUGGAGACUGUGCCCAUGAUCACCACCACUGAUGCGUUCGGAAACACUAUCACCGCAGCUGCCGGUACCAACAACCCAGUCCCUCCACGCCCUACCGCAGACGAGACCAACCUCAGUAUCACCAUGAUAAAUGGAAACACUCCCGUUAUUGCAGACCCCAUUCCACCUGCGCCUCCUUCGAGCCUAACAGUCGGGAAUGCAGUUGCCUCUCCUGAUUGUGACGAUCAAGCUAUACCAGACCCGGCCCCUGGUGUCCCUGCUGCAGACCAGGUGUACACCACAACUGAUGUACGCGGUAAUGUAUUCACAGUCCCUGCCUGGCUCCCCCAGCCAAGUGAACACCAUCAGGCAGACGCCCUCGCCACGAAAUAUUCGCGGAUUCCUGUUAUAUCAGACCCAGUCCCUGCACAGCCUACAACCGACGCAGCAGGGAACCCCAUCGGAACACCCAGCAAUGAUACACCCUUUGUCGAUCCACCCCCAGAGGGUCUUCCUACUAUGGACUCUGGAGUGGUGAACGAUCCUGUCACGCCUCACAAAAUAUAUGGAGAUGGCCACAUCAUGACGCCUAUAAUGCCGGUGGAUAUGGCCACCACCACGCGCCCUCAUUACACGAGGCCCACACAGAUUGUGAAUAGCGAGGGCCAGACCGUUCAGAUUGACGCCAGGCCUCCCCGUCCUGCAUCGGUCGAUACUUCAGGCCUUGAUCCUACUUUUGUUGAUCCUAUCCCUCGGGCUGUUCCAUCUGAUAUCCAAGUCUUCGUUGACCCCGUUCCUCCAGCACCUCCAAACGGCAAUGUCCCGGUAUACGUUGAUCCCAUUCCUCCGGCUAUUCCAACCAAUGUCAAAUUCUUUGUUGAUCCCAUUCCUCCGGCUGCUCCAUCUGAUAUCCAAGUAUUUGUUGAUCCCGUUCCUCCAGCACCUCCAAACGGCAAUGUACCAGUAUACGUUGAUCCCAUUCCUCCGGCCCCUCCAAACGCCGAUGCAGAUCCUACAAAGCUUCUUGGACCAAGGCAAGCUACGGAUAACGAGGCCGCCCAGGUCAAUCAGGUCAAUCAGGUCAAACGCCAAAAUCAAACGUCGCCAUCGUCAGCCACCCCUACCAGCACUCGACGAGAGCCUUGUGGGGCAAAUAUCUGCGGCGGUAACGAUUGUGCAAGAGGGUCCGCAACAUGGGCGACCGUCGCCCCAAUCAACUGCCUCAGGAUCCCAACCAACACAGCCCGCGCACAACCCACGGGACCAACCCGCAAGGACUACCUCGUCCAGCACAGUAAAGAAUCAUCUUCCAACUCCCCAUCCAGCCCACUCAUGGACUAUCCUAAACAGAGCAAACAGGUAGACGACUACCUCCUCGCCAUGCUCGUCAAGUUCAACGCAAGGCGGACCUGGUACGUGAACGCCAAAAACGACAUCAGCGGGAAAUGGUACGGAUUCGAGGACUACAAGACCGCCGCCGGUCUAUCCAGGCUGUACGGGUGCACGGCUGUCUUCAUCGUCUCGAAGCAGGGCGUAUACGUCUCGCAUAUCUACGAAAGCCCUAUAUUUGUGCGGGAGCCGGCGCCUGGACAGUUCGUGCCUACGUCCGAUUCGUAUUUCCGGAAAGCGACGUUUGAGACGCUGGUUCAUGGGCAGAAGAAUACCCAGUCGGACUUCCUAGAGCCGAUUGAGCGCCUUGUCGGCAAGAAGGAGAAGCCUGGUCCGUUGCAUUUCACCAACCAGCCGAAGAUAUUUAUUGUGACGCCGUUCCAGAAUCUGGAUGAUGCGAGUGGGCCGAUCAUGUACCCUGAAAAGGUGGAGUGGCUGUCCAACACGCUGUAUGGGUAUCUGUAUCCGUCUGGAUCAGCGGAGUAUUCCCAGGAGCCCGUGACUCUGCCGUAUAAAAUCCCAACGGUAGUUAUGUCUGAGGAUAUCAAGAAUACCGAUGGUAAGGCGAAAAUGGAAGCCAGCAAGCUCAUCCGCUAUGACCGCGUCGGAGACAAGCUUAUCCCUGUUGGCCGCUGGCGGCUAUGGGUUAAUAGAAUCGAGCUGGCUACUUGGGAGUUCUCAGGAACAAUAGAGAAGCCAAUUGGCGAGCAGGCUAAGAAUUCCAAUGAUCCAGCAUAUGCAGGCAUAUGUCCGGUGUCGGAAUCGACUCCCACGACGACAGCGAGUUCGAGUUCGACCUCAUCCGCCCAGGUAUCCAGCCUUUCAGAUCUCCCGCUGCCCCUGCCAUUCAACCAAAGCCAGAUCCAGAGCAAGGGCUGCAUCAUGUCGAAAUCGUCCCAGGAACCCCCUAAAUUCGACGUAGACCUGAUCGAACAACUCGCGUACACGAUCACCCGCCUACCAGCCAACGCCAAACUCAUCGAUUUCGGCAAGUACAAUCAUACUAUCCCAUGGGACGCCGGGAAGCCCUUGGACAACAACAACAACAAGCCGUGGUAUGAGGCCGAGAUCAAGUUGGCGGAUGAUUGCACCGGUGGGCCGCAGAAUGCGCAUUGGCCGAUGGAGCUCUAUAGUGCUGAUGAUAUCAUUCGUGAUAUCUUUUUUGAUAUCUUUUUCAGGACCUUGGAUGAGUGGAAGAGGUGCGGGGACAAUAUUGUUGGCCGGAAGAUGCAGUAUGGUUGUUUGGUGUAUAGCGCUUGGUGCAAUGGGUGCUCUGACUAUUGA